ACUCUCUCUCUCUCUCUCUCUCUCUCUCUCUCUGUGGGACUCGAAUAAUUGGUGCUCCCCAUGGACGAGGUGAUCACUGCUGCUGAUGCUUCCAUUACCGGAUCCAAGUCCUCCAUCAUUCCAUACAACCUCCCUCUCCUCUCCGCCUUCCUCUCUUGCGCCCUCGCCCAGUUCCUCAAGCUUUUCACCACCUGGUACAAGGAGAAAAGAUGGGAAUCUAGAAGGAUGCUUAGCUCUGGAGGAAUGCCCUCGUCGCAUUCGUCCACUGUGACAGCUCUUGCAGUUGCUAUUGGUUUCCAGGACGGAACCGGCGGGUCGACAUUUGCCAUUGCAGUGGUUUUGGCAUGUGUUGUCAUGUAUGAUGCUACUGGUGUAAGACUCCAUGCUGGUCGUCAAGCUGAAUUAUUAAAUCAAAUAGUGUGUGAGCUACCUCCAGAACACCCGGUAUCUAGUGUUAGACCUCUACGGGAUUCACUUGGUCAUACUCCAUUGCAGGUUUUUGCUGGUGCAGUAUUGGGGUGUAUAGUGGCAUACCUUAUGAGUUCCAGUUAGCAGUGGGUUAUUCCAGUGAUUAUUCUUUGACCUCACAAAGUGUUAGUUCAACAGGUUGUGGAGGACGGUGCGAUCAUUCAACAGGAGACUUCCCCAAAGUCUGCCUUUCUGUCAAAUAGUGAAAAGGAUUGAGCAAAAUGUAUCCCAAGUCUGACCUCACAAUUCAACUGUGGAAAAGUUAGAAAGAGUGAAACUUCUAAUAGUAUGACCACAUAUAUAAAGAUGCUCUUGAGCUCAAGUAAACCAGCGCCAUAGUUUAAGUUUCAAACUCAUUGAUUGUGUUUGAAAACGACUCCAUUAUGGAUCCGCAGCAGACUAUUCAAUGGGCUAGUGUUCAUCUUUUUCUUAGUUGAGGGAAAGAACUGAAUGUUUGAUGGUAAAAACAUUCACUCUACAAUCCUACACAGGAUAUUCUACUU